AUGGGUCAAAUUGAAAGCGCAGAAGCUGUGGCGGAGCCUCAAACUACCGCCAACGACACCUCCAAACCAACUUCCUUGGAAUCCGCGCUCGCAGAAGCUGCAGAAUAUGGAAGCCAACACACUGAGUCUGUUGAGGAAAUGGCUCAGAAAGCUCUCGAAUGCCCAUGCAUUGCUGAUUUGCGAACUGGUCCUUGUGAUUCUCAAUUCUCAGAGGCAUUUUUGUGUUUUCUCAAGAGUACCUCUGAAGAAAAGGGCUCGGACUGUGUACAUCCGUUUGUUGCUCUGCAGAGCUGCAUCAAGGCCAAUCCAGAUGCAUUCUCUAAUGACAUUGUACGCAAAGAAGAAAGCAAUGAGUUGGGGCCAGCCCUAGAGUAUAAAAUACAUCCUCCCAAAUGGUCUAAGGAAUCUCGAAGUUCAAAAUCCAGGCUUUAA